AGCUUUACAACCAGUCACAGGUCUAUUCUGUAUCUGCAGAAGAGACUUAUCAAUGGGCAACAGUGUGAGCUGUGACACUGCUGUGAAUCCUCAGCAGCCGUGCUGCCCUGGGACUCGCCAAGGGUUUGGCUUGCUCAUCUGAAACGUCAACCCAGUCUGGCUGCUGUCGCCACUGCAAGGUUUGCUCCACCAAAAUGAGAUGGUGGAAAAGAAACACCUGGAAAAGAUACCCUUGCAUUAAGAGGCCCAGCACAGCAGCAGCCUGAAUUUUCCUUUGCUGUGGCCAUUAUACAAUCCUAGAGCCUGGGCCCUGAUCCCGGUUCUGCUGCUGGUGACCCAUUUGGAAAUCUGUCCUACAGUAGAGAAAGAGUUUGUUCUCUUUAUUCGUUCUUUUGCCUGUUGGACAAAGCGGGCAGUUAACGUACAUACACGUUCGAGCUAUUUUGGAGCUGGUAGGUUUCCAGUGCAGCUGCAGGGCGGUUGAAGGCUGUCCGCAGGCGCUCCUUCCCUCCUGCAGCAGUACGCUCUCAGCCCGCUGAGCGUCCCACCGGCGCUCGGGCUGGCUCCUCCCGCCCCGGCACCUUCCCAAACCGGCCGCCCGGAGCCGGGAGGGGUGGGGUCGGGCCUCUUCCCCUUUGGGUCCUGCCCGGGUGCCCCGAGGAGCUGGGAUGGAGGCGAGGCGGCUGCUCCGGGUGGGACAGUCUAUGAAGUCUUAGGACAGUACUGAUGGAAGGCCCUUUGCAAACCUCCAUUCAUGUGUGCCAUGAAAAUGCUCAGUGGAUGUCAAAAUUACCAGAAAAGCUUUGGGAUACUCCCCUCUUUAACUUAUCUCUUCCAGGUAGUCAUGACACUAUGACCUACUGCUUGGAUAAGAACUCUGCUGUUAGUGGCAAUGAAUCCAAGCUGGUGAAGUUUUUAAAUAAAUGUAUGCCCUGCAUUGUACACCCUAUUAUUAUGAAGUGGUCCAUAACACAGGUGCUAACUGUGACGGAGCAACUUGAGGCCGGAGUUAGAUAUUUGGAUUUUAGGAUUGCCCACAAGGCUGGCGAUCCAUCUAUGAAUCUGUACUUCGUGCAUAUGGUAUACACAACAGUUACUGUACAGGAUAUUCUGUGGGAAGUAUUAAAGUGGUUGGAAACUCAUCCUCAGGAAGUUGUUAUCUUGGCCUGCAGGAAUUUUGAUGGAUUAACCAAGAAACUUCACUGUCAUCUUAUUAGGUGUAUAAAACACAUUUUCCAGUGUAAAUUGUGUCCAAGAAAUGUGGUUCCGACUCUGCGGACCAUGUGGCAGCAUGGCUACCAGGUUAUAGUCUCGUAUGAAGAAGAUCUGGAAGUGCUGAAGCACUGUGAGCUGUGGCCUGCAAUCCCAUACUGGUGGGGAAACAAAACUACCACUCGUGCUCUCAUCCAGUUUCUAGAAGCCAUGAAGCGGAUGGGCCGUCCAGAAACAUUCUUCGUUGCUGGGAUUAACCUCACCGAAAAUUUAAGGUACAUUCUUGUACACCCAUUUGGAUCACUGAAGACAAUGACACUCCGGAGUCUUCCAUGCUUGAAAAUCUGGGUGAGGAAGCAGUAUCCAGGACCACAGAAAGAAUGUAUUAACGUCAUUGCUGGAGACUUCAUAGGAAAUGACGAUUUUGUCAGAGAUGUGAUAGAACUUAAUGCCAAAAUUAAUCCUCAGUUACACUGUCCCAGCAAAGGGUCUGGAACAAAGAGCAUUUCAUUUGCAGCUCUUUAAAAAAUCUUUGAAAAGCUGAAAGGACUUUGUGUGCAUUUAAUAUUUCCUGGUUUAAACAUCCCAGACUACACAAAGAUCUGGUUAACUUAAACCAGGGAUUUUUAAAAGCUCAUUAAGAAAAACUCUCUCAAAAUCAUCAGGCUUUCAAAGUCUUUUCUUGAAAAAGGAGAGCAGGAAGAUCUUGUUGAAAUCAUUAUAGAAAUGUGGA